UAACACCCCCUCCCCCCGUCAUGUUUGUCUGACAAAUCAAAGAGGCGUCAAGUCACUGCGUGGCUGCUCGCUCGCCUCCGUAGUGGCGACAGUCGGGGCACCGUGAAGACCCAAAACGCCUCCCCAGCCGAGGCAGCUCCGGAGGCGGCGUUCCAGUGCACGGAGGUCCGUUAGCUAGCCACCAGCUGAUCCCUCUAGCAUCUCCGGCGACACCUUAAAAGUGUCACAAUCGCGUCCCCUCCGACAUCAAAAAAAUAAGAUUGUAGGUAUCGCAACAUGAAUAAUUGAUGUUUCGUCUAAAGACGACGACGGACAAGGUACAUUUAGGCCGAAAAUGGGUGUGGAAAGUCGCCGUAAGUCGCCCGCUAGCCACUUAGCUUCCCCGCUUAGCCUCCGUUUAGCACGCAGCACUCACCAGCCAAGUAGCGGUCACACCAAAACACUUGGCCCGGAAUGAGAGGGGAGGAGUGCGGCGGCGCGUCGAUUAGCUCCAGGCGGGCGGCCUCCACGCACAUCCAUAGGGUUACACGGGACGCCUUGGUCCGCCGCUCCCGCUCCCGACUCUUCACCGGCGGCCGGUUGCCAUCCUUUCUUCGCUUCACAGCCACACGCGCACAAACAAAAGCUUAGCGCGGAGAUCCUCGUCGUCCCCGCCGGUCGGCGAGCAUCCCUCCUGUGGAGCCGAGCGAGCGAGCGCUGAAUGAGCGAGUAGCCAGCCAGCCGGGAACGACACACCGAGGAACGAAACUGACAUCUGCCGGGGGAAACGAAGAACACAAGUCCCGGCGAGGACAUUCACGACCUGACACAAGAUGGCGCCUUUGGAUCACAGUGAAGACGGCCAUCGCCAUUUAAUCCCAUUUAGAAGAACCCUCUGAAAUACUGGACAAACUUCUGAUCAACGUACCUGAAGAAAUUACAGAGGGGAAAUCUUCUGGAAAGGAAACAUUUUGGCAAGGAGGUGAAAGUGAUGCCCACACGCUUCUGUUCCGCUACCGGCGAUGAAGAACGCGACUUUCGCUUUCUGUGAGCACCUGCUGUAUAAAUUCGCCUGUGGACCAGCACACACCGUCACACAUCGACACAAGAUCCAACCAUGGACCCUCGACUUGCUGCUCUGCUCCUCGUGGUGCUCCUCUGCUCUCACCCGGCGGCAGGUCAGAAGCUGGUGGGCUGUUGUCUGGCGACCAGAAACAUGUGCUUCCCUCGCAAAAUCGUGGCUAGCUACUUCCACCAGGAAGCCGGCAAUGGCUGCAAAUACAGUGCCACCGUUUUUCUUUCCAAGGCUGGCAAACAACUUUGUGCCCCACCGCAGUACGAGAGCAAGUGCGUUCAAGAGCUCAUUGCCUACCUGGACAACAACAAGCCACAAAGGAGAAGAAAACCGAUGUUUUAGUCACCAUUUAAUUUUCUUUUUACAUGAUUUUUGGCUGCACGUGACAAUGCAGUCUUUUACAUUUUUUUUCUUUGAUGUCUGUUAAAUGUUCUUUUUUUAUAAGUUUGUCUUUUUAAAAACAUAUUAUUGUGACUGGCUCUUAUAUAUUUAAUGUUUUUGUUUAUUUUUCAUUAAUUGGAGACUCUAAAUUGCCCGUAGGCAUGACUGUGAGUGCGAAUGGUUGUCUGUUCGUAUGUGCCCUGCGAUUGGCUGGCAACCACUUCAGGGUGGACCCCGCCUCCUGCCCGAUGACAGCUGGGAUAGGCUCCAGCACGCCCGCGACCCUAGUGAGGAGAAGCGGCUCAGAAAAUGGAUGGAUGGAUGUUUAUUUUUCAAAAUAGAGACAUUUUUGUGACAUUCUGCUGAGGUGUGUCUUCGUUGUUUGUCAAUUCCACUGCUCAGUGUUUGUUGUUGACAACAAGUUUAAAUAACGUUUUGUUUUUUGUUUUUUUACUUCCUGUUAUGACUCAGUAAAGUCAUCAUUUCGUAUAAAAUUUUUUUUGUAAUCUUGUCUUUGAUGUUUGUCAGCGGAAUUCAACCAGUUUUGUGCAGCUUUUUUAAUCUGUUGUCGACGAUGUUUAAAAUAAAGUUUUUGUCAUCUUUUUAAUUACU